UCAAUUAUUAUUAAUAAAUCUUUAGGAAAAUAGUCACCGAGUAACCACGUGCUUGUUGUUUUAUAAACACAUGGAAAUUUUAUAUGAAAAUAUAACCUAGAAUUUAUUAAGUUUCAAAUUGUAUUUGCCGCCAAUUUCGCUAGAUGGCGCUUGCUUGCUUGGAAAUUUUUGAAAAAGUAUGGAGGGUAGAGGUAAAAUAAUAUAGAAGGUAUUGUCAUUAAAUAUUAUUUGAAAAUAACCGAUUUCAGACAGAAUCGAUCUUGAAUUGGACAUUCAUUUUUGAGCUUCUCUCAUAGGGGUGCCUCCGGAAUAUAAUAAACGUGGUUGUUGUAAUUUGUAAUUAAAAACACGUGCUUUCUAUACUCCACAGCCUCUGCAGUUAUCAUCAGUCAUUUGUGUUGUUGCUUAUAAAAAAAAUGCCUAUUAAAAAAAUAGAAAAUAAUGUUUAUAAAACGUACGAAACUUGGACAAUAGAAAAUUUAAACACUACAAUGGCAAACUCCUCAAAGACUCCUGUAACUCAUGAAUUUUUAUCAGAGUUUGAAGGUAAUGUUACCAAGUGGCAUGUCGAGUUAUAUCAUUAUAAUACCGAAGAAAUAGAUUAUCAAGAAAUAGAUGAUCAAGAAAUAGAUGGUCAAGAAAUAGAUGAUCAAGAAAUAGUAAUAAUGUUACAUCCGGUUCAUAUGAUAGAAUUUAAAAAACAUAUUACUUGCAACUAUUACCUGGUCGAUGCCGAUGGAAAUCUUGUUUUCAUUACACGAAAAAAUCAAAGAUUUGAUGAGUCUUUUUUCUGUGAUGCUGGUAGAGAUAUUUUUGCCGAAUAUGGUUGUUUAUCAAUUAAAAGGACAGAUAAAUUGGUUCCAAAUGAUACGAUGACAUUGCGCAUUGAACUAAUAACUUAUUUGGAUGAUAAUCCUACAUUUCCUUAUGAGAGGGCAGGAUAUCUUAUCGAUAUAGAAAACUUACCGCAAAAUUUUUUGGAGUUGUAUGAGAGCUGCAAAGAUAACGGUGAUAUUGUCAUACAGGUGCAAGAUACUCAAUUUAAAGUCCAUAGAACUGUUUUAGAAACACGAUGUCCUGUGUUGUAUGAAGAUGUUGCUCGUCAUCAACGAACGCCUGAAAGUAAAGGUACUGAGUUGAAUAUUACGGGCAUCGAUCCAGAAAUAUUUAAAAGACUAGUAGAAUUUCUCUACACUGGUGAGAUCAAUGACUUGGAUGAUCAUUCGGAGUAUUUGCUUGAGGCUGCUGAUAGAUAUAAAUUGAAAAGAUUGAAACAAUUGUGCGAAAAAUCACUCAUUGACAACUAUCUCACUGCUGAUAAUUAUGAAGAGCUUGAAAAUUUAGCUGUUCGUUGUCACGCUACUCAACUGGACAUAAACGUUGAAGAUUUCAAAUUCAAAUUAUUAACGCGGUCAGAAGAAUUUGUCCGAUCUGACAAUGUAACCGUAAUUACAGUAAUACUACCGAAUAUUUCUCGGAAGUCAAGAAAUGUUCAGAGCAGCCUGCAGUAACUUAUAUGUGCCCAGAAGUGAUACCUGAUCUCCAUUAUAUAAUUAUAAACUGAUAUUCCUGUAUGUAUGUAUGUAUGUAUGUAUGAAUAAAAAAUUGUAUCAAUAAAAAUUUUUUUAUUCGUAAUUUAAUUACCGGAAACAUUUAACUAAAAUAUGUUUUUUAACUUUCGAUUUGAU